GGCCGCGGAGCUGGCCCUGCGGGGCCCCGGGGGGGGAGGGGGAGCCGUCAAGCCCCCGCUGAGGCCGCCGCUGCCGGGCCUCCCCUCCCCCCCGGGCUGGCGCCAUGCGGGGGGGCCCGGGCGAUGCCGAGAGGCGUCAGCGCUGGGGUCGCCUCUUCGAAGAGCUGGACAGUAACAAGGAUGGUCGCGUGGACAUUCGCGAGUUGCGCCAGGGACUGGCCCGGCUGGGCGGGGGCGAUCCGGACCGCGGCGCCCAACAGGGCAUCCCCCCUGAGGGUGACAGUGACCCAGAUGGCGGCCUUGACCUGGAGGAGUUUAUCCUCUACCUGCAGGAGCGGGAACAGCGCCUUUUACUCCUGUUCCACAGUCUGGACCGGAAUCAGGAUGGUCAGAUUGAUGUCUCUGAGAUCCAGCAGAGUUUCCGAGCCCUGGGCAUUUCCAUCUCGCUGGAACAGGCAGAGAAAAUCCUGCACAGCAUGGACCGUGAUGGCACCAUGACCAUUGACUGGCAGGAGUGGCGUGACCACUUCCUGUUGCAUUCGCUGGAGAACGUGGAAGAUGUGCUGUAUUUUUGGAAGCAUUCCACGGUCCUGGAUAUUGGUGAGUGCCUGACUGUCCCGGAUGAGUUCUCGGAGCAGGAGAAGCUGACUGGCAUGUGGUGGAAGCAGCUGGUGGCGGGCGCGGUUGCGGGUGCCGUGUCCCGGACAGGCACAGCCCCUCUGGACCGCCUCAAGGUCUUCAUGCAGGUCCACGCCUCCAAGACCAACCGGCUGAACAUCCUGGGCGGCCUCUGGAGCAUGAUCCAAGAGGGGGGCGUGCGCUCCCUGUGGCGUGGCAAUGGGAUUAAUGUGCUCAAGAUUGCACCUGAGUCAGCGAUCAAGUUCAUGGCCUAUGAGCAGAUCAAGCGGGCCAUCCGGGGGCAACAGGAGACACUGCACGUGCAGGAGCGCUUUGUGGCUGGCUCCCUGGCUGGUGCCACAGCCCAAACCAUCAUCUACCCCAUGGAGGUGCUGAAGACACGGCUGACCCUUCGCCGGACGGGCCAGUACAAGGGGCUGCUGGACUGUGCGUGGCAGAUCCUGGAGAGAGAAGGUCCCCGUGCCUUCUACCGUGGCUACCUGCCCAACGUUCUGGGCAUCAUCCCCUAUGCUGGCAUCGACCUGGCCGUCUAUGAGACCCUGAAGAACCAGUGGCUCCAGCAGUAUAGCCACGACUCAGCUGACCCGGGCAUCCUCGUCCUCCUGGCCUGUGGCACCAUCUCCAGCACGUGCGGCCAGAUAGCCAGCUACCCACUGGCCCUGGUCCGGACCCGCAUGCAGGCCCAAGCCUCCAUUGAGGGAGCCCCCCAGCUCUCCAUGCUGGGUCUCCUCCGUCACAUCCUAUCCCAGGAGGGCGUGCGGGGCCUCUACCGGGGCAUUGCCCCCAACUUCAUGAAGGUUAUCCCUGCUGUGAGCAUCUCCUAUGUGGUCUACGAGAACAUGAAGCAGGCCCUGGGGGUCACGUCCAGCUGCCUCAGGCACCGGAUCCAGUGUCCUCAGGCAGUGCUGGAUCCUAGAUCCCCAGCCCUAAACUGGCGGAUCCUAGAUCUUCUGCUUCAAGUCCUGGAUCUCCAAGCUCAACCACUGGACUCUCAAGAAACCUCAGCCACGGUAUCCUGACAAUGCGAGGCCUAGAUCCUGGGACCCCAUCCACUGGAUCCUGAAUCCCCUCCCUCCAACCGCUGGAUUCCUGAAUCCCUUUACCUCAACACAGGGUCCCAGAUCCUGCUGCUUCAACUCCCCGAUCCCCACAUUUCAAGCAUCAUUCCCUCAAUACCCCCAACCACGGACCCCAGAUUCCCAAGCCCUGACCUGCCAGAUCCUCACUCCUCAAACCACAAUCUCGUGAGCCCGAUGGCAGAGGAGCGGUUCCAGGCGACUACAGCUGUAGGACCCCAGGUCCCUGCACCACAGGCCUUGGAUGUUAAGACUUCACCCAUCAGAGGCAGACCCUGCCACCUCUAGGCCCUGGAUGCCAACCCUUAACCCCUGAUCUCCGACCUGAACCCUCCCAGGCACUGGACCUUGAAUGCUCAGAGCCCCCAGCUAGCUCUCACUAGGCCAGUCAGCACCCUGGAUCCCACACGCCCCUGUUCCAGACACACACCAGAGACUUUCCCCCAUGGCACAAACCCCACAGUCUCUGGAGCCUGCAGGAAGCCCAGGUCCCAGCCUCCCAGCUUGAAAACCCACAGGAUGUGCCCACUGUCCUGACACACCUGAUGCUGGCAAGGGGAGGAGACAUCCCUCCCAGGCCCUACACAGACGCCGGACCCCCAGCUCCCCAGCACGGACGUGCCCCUAGGCCUGGGGCAGGGUUGGGGUGGGGGGAAUGGCAUGCUCAAGUGCUCCUCCAGCACUCUGCUGGUCUCACACCCUCUUCCCACCUAUAGGCUGAUCACAAUCCCUAGAGCAUGGCUCCCUCUCUCUUAGGGCUGGCAAGCAGGCAAUCUGAAGCUGGGAACACAUUAAGGGGACCCCACACACACACACACCCCAGCACUGCCAGCCCCUCCCCAGGCUUCAGAGUUGGAAACCAGGAGCAACAAACCAAGGAUGCAAAACAAAGCCCCACCCCCCUAAGCCCCCAAAUUCACUCCAGGUCUAUUUUUCUACCAGAGAGGAGUUGACAACCCAUCCCCCCACUUACCCCAGCCCCCCACCCUGUACCUUCUGCACUUUAUAUUUGGAUACUGAGCUUAGUAUCAUUGGGGAACCCCCUCUCCAUUCCUUCCAAGUCCUUGGGGAACCCCAUUCAAGGACUGUGAAAGAGGAACUGGGAUGUUUGGGGGGUGGGAGGACCCCCUCCCCCAAUGCUUCCACCUCCUCCACCCACACUACGCCCCACCUCCCUGCCUGUGCCCUGCCUGUGCGUGUUAUUUCAGAGGAAAAGAACAAAGGAAUACAUUUUCUAAGCUCUUUC